UUUCGGCUCAGAGCAUAGGCUGUCAGAGCAUUUGCCCCGAUCCAGAGUCAAGAUGGAGGAACCGGCGGCCAAGAAGCAAAAAACCGAGGAGGCUCCGGCGGAAGAGGCCGUGCCGGCGGUGCCUGCGGAGCCCGAGGAGAAGGAACAGGAUGCCGUGAGGCUCAAGGGAGAUCGAUUGAAGGAACCAGUGACCUUCCAUACCAACGACACCACCUUGAAUGUCAUGGUCUCGUCCUCGGGCUCCUCCACCUUGCUGAUGCCGCUGUCGGAUGGUGGCAUCCGACACCUUUUGGCAGGUGCGCGAGCCAGCGUGGGCUUGAAGGCGGGAAGAUAUCUCUUCGAGGCCAAAGUCCUCGAGCAUGUGCAGCGACAAGAGGAUGGCGCCAAGCCAACUCCCAAGCACAUCCUCAGACUGGGAUUUUCCACCAAAGACUCCCCGCUGCUCAUGGGUGGAACUACGGAUGUGUGCUUCGACAUGGAGGGCUUCCUCAUCCAGGAGGGCAAGAGGACUCCGCUGGGCGUGGGCACCAGAUAUGGCAAAGGUAGUGUGGUGGGAGUGCUGCUGAACUUGGACAAGAAGAGUCCCAAUGCGUACACCAUCAGUUUGUUCAAAGAUGGAAAGCGCGUCUGCCAGCCACAAGCUCUCCCAGAUGAGUUGCACGGGAAGACCUUGUUCCCCACCAUCAACUACCGCAACGUGGCCGUGAGUGUGAGCUUCUCUGGGUGCCAAGCGGCGCUGCCCUUCACCUGCGACAUGGUGCAGGACGCCAUGGUCUCGCAUAGCGUGGUCACGCCAGCAGACACCACAACGGAGUUCGAGGUCCUGUUCCCUUGCUGUUUGCCCGACCAAGGUGGCUUCGAUUGGCUGGAUUUGUUCAAAGCCAAGAACCCGCAAUACAUCGAGCUGUCGGAUCGGAUGAUCAUGGACUGGGCCGAGAAGAGCGGCAUCACCUGCCCCAAGCUGCCGGGCAGCAACGACAAGCCGGAGAUGAAGUUCGGCAUCCCGGAGAUGGAGGAUAUGAGCAUCCGGAGGAUGAUUUCAUCGAUGGCUCCUUUGCAGAAGCGAAAUUACAUCAUCAUGGAGAUGCGGUCGAACCUCAUCAAGGAGUUGCGCACCGACGGCGUCGCCCGGUUCUUCGACAGUUCCUUCAAGAAGAGGGCGUUCGUGGUGAUGGGCGAUCCUAGCAUCGAGUUCAAGAAGAAGUCCCAGGAGCUGCUUCUGAAAGAUAAGCAGGAGCAAAUUGAUGCGCAGUUCAAGAAAGAGAAGGAAGAGGCCAACCGGAAGAAGAUGAUGGAGAAGAAGCAGAAAGAGGCUGAGAAGGCCAAGAAAAAGGCCGAAAAAGAGCGACUUAAGAAGAUGGAGGAGUUUAAGAAGAGCCAGGAGAAGGCCAAGAAGGAGGCCGAACGAAAGAAGGCAGAGGAACAGGGACUUGAGUUGCCUGACGAGGAAGAAGAGGCAGAGGAAGCCAAGGAUGAGGAGAUGGAGGAGGAGGACGAAGAUGAGGUUGAGGAGGAUGAGGUUGAGGUGGAAGAGGACCCACCGAAGGCUACCCUCACGCCUGAGGAAAAGAAGAUGCCCUUCCGCAAGCUGCCCAACCCGGACAUCUCCACCACACUGCUGAACACCAGCUUCACCAAGUUCACGUUGCCCGACCUGGAGGAGGGUUUCGACGAUGUGCACUUCGAAUGGACCAAGGGAGGCAAGGCGGCCGAAGUGCUGCAGAAGUGGAUCAUGGAACGCAAGCUCACCAGCCGAGUGGAAGAUUUGAGCCCCUCCGCGUGGUUCAAGACGAAGUGGUCCGCUUGGCAGAAGCAAGUUCAUACCUGGCAGAACAAGCAGACCGAGUACAAGGGAAAGAUGCAAAAGAAGGCCACGGAGAAAGCGCAGAAGGAAGCGAGGAAGCUGCAAGCGGCCAAGGUGGCAGAGGCCAAAGCAGCAGCGGAGAAGGCGAAGAAGGAACAGGAGAAGGCGGAGAAGGCUGAAAAGGAGGAAGACGAGGAGGAAGAGAAGGAGGAGGAAGAGGUGAAAGAAGAGGAGGAGGAGAAGGUAGAUCCGAUGGAAGUCGAUGAAGAGGAAGAGGAGGAGGUAGACUUCGAAGGGGUCGACAUUUUUGGCGUGGACGAGGUGGAUGACAUUGGCGCUGGUACGCCGCUCUACAAAGACUUCACGGCGGAGGAUUGGACCCUGAUGUCCUUGUGCUACGAGCUCCACCUGAUGGCUGGGGCCUUUAAGAAGGAUUGCGAUGAUCCGGAUCGCAAGGGCAUCAUCCUGGAGCAUUUGGGCUUCUACUACAACCGAUACUAUGCCAAGAACCUCACCCCCAAGAACUACGGCGUCGAGUCCGAGGCCGAUCUGGUGAACCUGGCCAAGGACUGCGUCUUUGUGAACAAGGACAAGGUCUUGGAAUCGUUGCUGGACGACGAGAUCGAGUAUCCUCAGGUCUUCGUGAAGAUCGCCGAGGAGGGCCGGCGGCACCGGGCGCUGCUGGUGGACAUGGGCGACGAGUCGGCGAAGCUGAAGUUCGUGGUACCCAAGGGCCCCAUGAAAGGUUCCGGGCCAUUCGAGGGGCACAAAGGCGACAAGGGCUUCGAGAAGGGUUUCGACAAGGGCUUCGACAAGGGAUUUGGCAAGUCUUUCGAGAAGGGCUUCGACAAGGGCAGUGGCAAGGGCUUUGGCAAGGUGCCGCUUGGCCCAGGCAUGGUCACACCCAUGUCGAACCCUAUGGCCACCAUGGCGCAAACCUUGGCCAGCCAGAUGGGCAUCAGCAUGAUGGGCAAAGGCGGCAAGGGCUUUGGCAUGCCCUUCAAGGGCAAAGGUUGGAAGGGGAAGUGAGGCGUCUACGGCAUUGCUCCGCAUACCGUGGACCCAAAAACAUGCGUUCCAUGGGAGUGAAACCAUGUGAAACGCAGUGUGAUCGGAACGCAGAGCUGAUGA